UGAAUGAAAUUGCGAUGGCCGAAGUGGCUGCGAGUUUGGCUACGGAGAAGCUAACCAGUUUGCUGAGUGAAGACGUCGAGUUGCUCAGAGGCGUCCAUGAAGAAGUUGAAGACAUCAAGCUCGAGCUCGAGUUCAUCACAUGUUUCUUAAAAGAAGCAGAUGCAAUGGCGGCCAGAGAUCAGGGUUCCACCAGUAUUAUUACAUGGGUGAAGCUUGUAAGAGAAACAGCAUUCAGGAUUGAAGACGCCAUUGAUGGCUACAUGACAUCCUCCAUCUCCAUGUCGUUAACAGCCAUGAACACCAUGGUUUCAUCAAGGCUUACCUGUGUAAAGUGGCUAAAUUCCUCAAGAGCAUGAAGAAACGUCACGACUCACGAGAUAGCGUCGGAGCUUCGA